AUGACCCCGGCCCUCUACGCCGCACCGCCCGAGCAGUGGAAAGGCCCUCCCUGCGCCUACCCGCCGAUUGAGGUCGUAGCCAAAAUCUUUCGGGAGUGGUGCAAGCUAUUGGAUCUGCCAACCGAGCCGGUGCCGCCACCCCACGUCCUUCAACAGCUGGCGCAGGGCGGAGAGUGCUUGAGGAGCUGCAUCCAGUUCGUGUCGCGCAGCUCCGAGCCUCACUGCGUUCAGCAGGACGAAGAGGUCGCCGAUCAGCGCUCGCAGAGGGCUGUCAAUGUCCUUUGCCUGGGGCUAUCAGGGUCGCAGUGGUAUUAUCCAUCUUUGGGCGACCUCUUGCAUUUGUCUUGCUGCGAACUCCUGGGCGGUCUCCAGCCGCCCUCCCGCGGCGCCAGCCACCACAUCUGCACGGCUCUGCAGCGUUUGCUCCUCACUCACGAGGCGGACGUAGUCCCUGCGCUGCUUUAUAGCCACGCCCCCUUCCUGCUCCUGCGCUCCUUGGACCGUCCCGGCUGCUCGGAGCUGCUCCAGACUCUGCUAGGUGGCGACGCAGUACUCUCACGAACGCCUCCUCUUCCCGGCAGGCCACUCCAAGUUCAAUCGCUGUGGCAGGUGCAGCAGUACCUCAUUGCUUAUCAGUGGCCUGCUUGCGUGGAGUCGGUGGCAUCCCAAGGUGCCAAGCAGCCGGCUGCCAGGGGCAGCGAGUCCUGCUUCUCCACACCCAGCAGGUGCAAGCAGCCGACCACACCGCCGAGCACACCCGGGCCGAAGGCAGGCUGCCAAAGCCCAGGCACUUUGCUCGGAUGGAUGGCCGAGGCUACCCCGUGCUCCACGCCACAGCGCUUUCCGCGCGCCAGGGAGGUGCAGGGCGCCGCUCCCUUCGAGUCGUUACCGGCGCAGAUCUCCUCACCCUCCACGGAGGUCGUCUACGCAGAGAGAGUGCCAGCACGACCGUCGUUGCCAGCCACACCUGAGGGCCGAGAGCCCAGCGCCAGUCCGCCUCGCAGCCCCCCAGGCAGUGGAGUGCAGACGUCAAGGUCGGACCUAGCUGAUUCCGCUUGCACGCAAGGCGCAGGAGUCCUGCUGGACUUCCUCACGAGUCUGCUCUACACCAUGAAGCGACCCUCGAAGGCCGCCUUUGGGCAUCAGCUGUUGGAAGUCAUGGCGAAGGAAAUCUUUGCGAUUCUGGCAUGGUCUGUACCAGAAGAAGUCGAGGCAGACCGGCCGAGGGCCUGGGAGGAUCCGAACAGCGAGGGCAGGUCCGAGGCGGCGCUUGCAGAGGAGAUGGCAAUGCUUUGGAGUCUCAGCUUCUUGGUGUUGCCGGUGGCUGGGCAGUUUACCUACGAGGCCGGCACCACUCAGCCAACACCGACCGUGGAGAGCAAUUGUUUCCAAGAGGAGUUGUCCUCCAACCAGGUCUACGAGCAGAGGUUGUCCCAAAUGUUCAAUGGGUCUUCCAACAGAGUCUGCCCUGGGACGACAGGCCUCUUUGUCAACAAGCCAUGCACGUGGGCUGCCGGCAAGGCCACCAUGACGGUGGCGCCUGUCAUCAAUCAGUGCCAUUGGUCGCUGAGGAAUUUCCACUGGCAUGAUAGCUCCGACGAGUGGAGCUACAUGGUCAAGGGUGUGAUGCAAUUCUACUUGACAUCUCCAAACGGCGAGCCAUGGCAGUCGUCCAUCAACAAUGUGGCUGCAGGAGGAGUGUGGUUCUUCCCACGAGGCUGGCCACAUGCCUUUGUUUGCGUCUCGGAGGAGGGCUGCAACUAUGUCCUUACCUUUAACGGCCCGCAGGCGGUUGCCGUGAACGAUCACAUGAUCGCGGAGACACUAGCACAGGCGCCAUCCAACAUUGCGGCCUACUCGAUGGGCAUGAGUCAAGGUGAAUGGGCAACAGCGAAGCCUUCGGCGGAGGGCUUCACUUCAUAUUUCUUCUCCAAGGUGGACCCUGCCAAGUUCAAGUGGCUACCAGAGACAGCUUCCCUUCCUGCCGGGGUGAACCGCAGCGUGGAAGUGGAGGAUACUCGCCCUGGCCUGGGGCAGGGCAUCAGGGUCUUCAACAUCAGGCAGGAACAGUUCCCUUUUGCCACGAGAAUGUCACAGCAGCGCAUCGUUUUCCAGCCAGGUGGCUUCCGUUCCCUGGUUUGGAUCACGAAUGCCGCGGCGACUAUGACAGUCAUCAGUGGCCAUGUGAAUGCAUCGACGCAAGGCGGCAUCAGUGGCGGUUUUGAGACGGAGUACUCCUCCAAGUCAUACACCUCCACAAACCUGGGCCCUUUCGAUGCGUUCUACUUCCCGAUCCGCCGUGCCUACUGGAUCGCAGAGGCCACCGGCACUGAGCCCGCCGAGGUGAUCGUCGUGUUCGAAGUGGGGAACUGGCAAGCUUUGGAGGCCCGGGAUGGUUUCGGCUGCUCCAACCCGCUGGGGGCGCCAUGGGCAUAUGAUGCUGCCGCCGGAGGCAUCGAGUGUCCACAGACAGCCCCUGGUUUGACGCAGAAAAGCCAGCCGCGUCUCAAGAAGCUCCGUCAUCACGAUGGCAACUCCGAGGUCCAGUCGUUCAUGCAGCAGCCGGAGUCUGAGGGCAGCGAUGAGCUAUAG